UUUGAAAGUGAAUGAAUAUGGAAAUCGGAGAACCAUACAGUCCAACUGGGUGUUGCGCCGUCGAGUGCUCCUUCCGUUUUGAGAUGGGGUCGUGAUGCUUCUCAGCCUCCUCUCAGUUUUGGCUCUCUGGUGCCUCGGCCAUCGAAAUCUUCCUCUCGCUUCAUGGUUACCAGUUUCCCCCCAUGCUCGUAACUCUUCCAGCACCUGCAUUCCAUGCGCUCGCUACGUUUCCCUCCUCCUUUCUAUCCACAUCCGUAGACUAGUUCACCAUAUCACACCAACAUGAAGGUCGCUGUUUCGUUUCUGUUUGGCCUUGCCGCGGCAGCAUCGUCGCUGCAGGUCAACAUCAGCUCCCGAGACUCGAUCCUCAAAGCCGCCAAGGUUAAGGCAUCCGACGUUAUGGCCUACUAUCAUGGCAACGAGCCAGGCCACAUCCCUGGCGUUCUGCCGGGUCCCCCUCCCGAGGGUCCCUACUACUGGUGGAACGGUGGUGCUCUGAUGGGUGCAAUGGUCGACUAUUGGCAUUACACGGGCGAUUCGACAUACAACCAGAUGGUGAAGGACGCUCUGCUCUUCCAGUCUGGCCCCCACCGAGACUUUAUGGAGCCAAACUGGACGGCAAGCCUGGGCAACGACGAUCAGGCCUUCUGGGGAAUGUCGGCACUGCUAGCCGCCGAGGUCAACUUCCCGGAUCCCGAGCACGGGAAGCCAUCGUGGCUGUCCCUGGCCCAAGGCGUCUUCAACACGCAGGCGCAACGGCUCGACGACACAUGUGGAGGAGGCUUGCGCUGGCAGGUCUUCCAGUUCAACAACGGCUUCCACUACAAGAACACCAUCGCCAACGGCUGCUUCUUCAAUAUCGGAGCCCGCCUCGCCCGCUACACCCACAACCAGACGUAUGCGGACCACGCAGCUGCCAUCUGGGACUGGAUGGAGACCAUCGGAUUGAUGGACAAGGACUACAACGUCUACGACGGCGUUCAUGCGCCUGACUGCGACGAAGUCAACAAAGCACAGUACUCGUACAAUGCUGCCGUUCUUCUCCAAGGAGCCGCCUUCCUCUACGACUUUACAAACGGGAGCCAGGUGUGGAGAGACCGGAUCAACAAGCUCCUCGACCAGACCAUCCACGUAUUCUUCCCCAACGGCACCGCGACCGAGAGGUUCUGCGAGACCGAGGGCAACGCCUGCACAACCGACAACCUCAGCUUCAAGGGCUUCCUGCACCGCUGGCUGGCCGUCGUCGCCCAGGUGGCGCCCUUCACGCGGCGCCGCAUCACCAAGGCGCUCAAGACGUCGGCCGCCGCGGCGGUCCGCCAGUGCACGGGCGGCGCGUCCGGCCGCGAGUGCGGCUUCCGGUGGAACGGCACCUUUGACGGCACCACGGGGCUGGGCCAGGAGAUGAACGUGAUGGGCGCCCUCGUGUCGGUGCUCGUGGACCAUGACGACUACGACGUCGUCGUGCGCCCGCCCGUCACCAACGCCACGGGCGGCACCAGCGUUGGCGACCCGGCCGCGGGCGGGUCCGGCGGGGGUCGCCAGCAGCACGCAACCACGUUCGCGCCCGUCACGAUGUGGGACACGGUCGGCGCGGGCUUGGCCAUGACGGUCCUGAUGGGAGCUUUUGCCUGCGCUUGCGUCUGGAUGUCCUCGGACCUGUUCGAGGGUGGUGGGAAGCAGGCGAAGGGCAAAGGGAAGGCCCAGGGAUAGGGCCGAGGAUAGGGUCUGGAUGCCAUGGAUAAUGGACGGUGGCUGUACCGGCAUCAUGUUACUGGCCUAGCCAGCCUACUGUUGUCGUCCCGAGAGCACUUUGGCACAGUCAGGCGAAUAGAAAGGAG